AUGAGCCGCGUGGUCUCGCUGCUGCUGGGAGCCGCUCUGCUUUGCUGUCACGGAGCCCUUUGCCGACGGGUGGUGAGCGGCCAAAAGGUGUGUUUUGCCGACUACAAGCACCCAUGCUACAAAAUGGCCUAUUUCCAUGAACUGUCCAGCCGUGUGAGCUUCCAGGAGGCACGCCUGGCGUGUGAGAGUGAGGGGGGAGCCCUGCUCAGCCUGGAGAAUGAAGCCGAACAGAAGUUAAUAGAAAGCAUGUUGCAAAACCUGACAAAACCAGGCACAGGCAUUUCCGAUGGUGAUUUCUGGAUAGGCCUUUGGAGAAAUGGAGAUGGGCAAGCAUCCGGUGCCUGCCCAGAUCUCUACCGGUGGUCUGAUGGAAGCAGUUCCCAGUACCGAAACUGGUAUACUGAUGAACCUUCCUGUGGAAGUGAAAAGUGCGUCGUGAUGUAUCAUCAACCCACCGCCAAUCCUGGCCUCGGAGGCCCCUACCUUUACCAGUGGAAUGACGACAGGUGCAACAUGAAGCACAAUUACAUCUGCAAGUACGAGCCAGAGAUUAAUCCAACAGCACCUGGAGAAAAGACGUAUUUUACGAACCAACCAGGAGACGCCCAUCAAAACGUGGUUGUUACUGAAGCAGGCAUAAUUCCCAACUUAAUUUAUGUUGUUAUACCAACAAUCCCACUGCUCUUGCUGAUACUGGUUGCUUUUGGUACUUGCUGUUUCCAGAUGCUGCAUAAAAGUAAAGGAAGAACAAAAACUAGCCCCAACCAGUCUACACUGUGGAUUUCAAAAAGCACGAGAAAAGAAAGUGGCAUGGAAGUAUAAAAAUUUAUUGACUUGGCUCCAGAAAAGAAAACAGAGUUUUGUAAUUCUGGAUCUGU